AUGUCUGGCUUUGAAGUUGCUGGGCUGGUUCUCGGGAUCAUACCGCUGGCGAUCUCUGCACUGGAACACUACAAAGCCGGACGAGGCGUUGUGGCGACAUUUGUCAAGUUCCAUGGACAGUUGGACACGCUGAUAUACAGGCUUAAGCUGCAACGAACUUUUUUUUAUCUAAACAUUCUCGACUUACUGCGAAGCGCCGGUAUUAGCGAAGUAGUCAGCAAGACAGACAUAAGCGAAGAAGAGUGCAUCAACAUUCUUCGGAAUGCGAAGAGCGCUGGAGAAAUUAGAGAUUACAUGGGGUCUGGGCACCUGUAUGAAACCUUUAAUGAGAUAUUGACACGAUACGAAACCUGUUUAAAAGCAAUUGUGGGCAAACUGGGCCACAUAAAGAGGCCGCCAAAGGCUGCGAAAGAUGACUUGAAAGCGAUUCUGGAGACAAAUCCCGUUGGAGCCUCUGUCUUUGCAUUUAGAGAGCGACUGAGCUUUACCAUUGAGAAAGGGAGUCUAAAACAGCUCGUAGAGGAGCUGAGUGAAGAUCGGCUUUCCCUGAGGGAGAUGAUCGAUAGCCUGAAGACGCAGCAAGUAUACACAGCAAGAAAUCCUUCCGAUGAUGCCCAAAAACUGGCAAGCAUGCUUUCAAGAGUCCAGCGACAAGCAACGCCGUUGUUCGAAGCCAUGCGUAAAGGAUGUAACUGUGGCUGUGAAAAAAGGCACAAGGUCUUCAUGAGACUGGAUAGCAGAGUUCCUUUAAAGAAAAGCAAACAAAGAAAGCUGAGAGAACAGACGGAAUUCAGUCUCAUCUUUGACCAUCAUGGAUACCUCCAAGAAACCCAUGUCAACGUCAACGAUGAUGAUCUCAGCGAAGACUACGACGCCAAAAACACGUCCAGGGUUGUGUUCGUCCAAGAAGUUACGGAGCUGCACAGUGAAAGAAUAGUGACCCUGAUUUGCCAGCAUGUGUCAGAAGCACAAGCGGCGGGCCGUAUUCUCAAACUGAGGCUAAGCAAUGCGGACCUUUUUGUUGAUAAUGGUCCGUCUGAGAAUGGACGAAAUUUCACAGCUCCGAUAACACUAGCGGAUAUUCUCAAGGCUGGAUACCAAGACGACGAUGCCAAGAUGUUCCCGAAGGAACAGACGCUGUUGGCUCUCAAGGUCGCAUCGUCGAUCCUGCAACUACAACAAACGUGGUGGUUGGGGUUGCCGUUCAAUAGUAACGAGAUCAAGAUAUUAAGUCCCCAAGAGAAGUCAUUCAUCACUGCAGGCAGUUUUCCCUUCAUCGAACAACUUAUGGGCGAGAUCCCACCGCCACCAUAUGUGCGGACGAUUGAGAGCGACGCAUGCAUCGGCCCAGAUCCUAAGACUGCGUUGACUGAGCUGGCAAUCUUGUUACUCGAAAUCUGGCAUCACAGGCCGCUUGAGGCAUGGUGUCAAAAGUCGGGUAAACAGAAUCCAACGUCGCCACAAGGACGAAUGAUGGUAGCCAUUGAGUGGCUGCAGGCCACAUCAAGACGUCUACUGCCGUAUCAAAGCCAGGUUAUUGAACAAUGUCUGCAAGUAUGCGCUGGAUCUCUCCGAUUCUGGCAUGAGAAGGAUUUUUUGAAGAUGUACUGCGAGAAUAUCAUCAAGCCUUUACAGGAGAUUCUUGGUGCAUGGGAUACGUCUGGGAGAGAUUAUAACUAA